CAUCGUUUUAGUGUAUAAGUGAAUUCGCAUAUUCACGAGUUCCCCGUAUUCACCGGUUGUUAUAUCGUCGAUUCAUCGUCGUCGACGGCGAGUACUUGUGACCUCCACACCCAGAUUAAUCUUCUAUAACUGAUUUUAUCGCUUAGACGAUCACGAUCUCAUCGAUUAACUGACAAAUGAAGCAUAUAGUAAAGAUCUUGAGCCUGUUGGUGGCUAUCUCUGCCUUCUGGAUUGGUCUUUUGCAGGCUGCAAUUAUUCCUCGAAGCCAUACAUGGUUGCUACCGAUCUACUUUGUUGUAUCCCUCGGAUGCUAUGGCCUAUUAAUGGUUGGAGUCGGGCUCAUGCAGUUUCCUACUUGCCCCCAAGAAGCAGUUCUGCUGCAGAAGGAUAUUGCAGAGGCUAAGGACUUCUUCAAGCACAAAGGGGUAGAUGUUGGAUCGAAUUGACACAAAGGCUUUUAUCAGACCAUUCAUCAGAGAUAUUUUUCGUUAUUGACAAAAGACUUAACUGUACUGUUUGGAAUUUUUGAAUUUAACAGUGUCACUGAGGUAAAACGCAAAAGCUUCGUAUGCAUCCAAAAGUAAUCGCAAAAGUAUAACAAAUAUUCCAAAUUGCAGAAACUUAUUAGUAACAAUAGAAGCAUUUACAUUUUCUUGUGGUGAAUUACCAUAAAGCUUUGGCCUUUGUGUCUAGUAAGUUCUCCAGGUAUGCAAAAGAGAUCGCAUCAACAGAUUGAAUCAGGC